CUGAGGCACGAUCAAAAGCGAAGGCGAAUUGGAGGCCGGUAAUACCCUUUCAUGAGUAAUCCCAUUUGCUAUUUUGAUCGUCCAAUAGCAGAAUGCCCUCGGCUUGUCAACCAUUUGACUUGACUUGGAUUUUUCUUUACUACAUCUCAGCUUCUCGCUGUGCUGGCGCCGUGGACGCACGAAGGAUUUAAUCCCAUUGAAGAGAUGAUUGAGCGGGGAAGUCAGGGGGAAAUAGAUUCGUUACUUUUUGCCUAGAAGUAUUCGCGAAUCACCCGGCAAUUGCGGUACAUUGCGGUGUAUUUUUGCAGAAGAAAUGCAUGAAAAAAGCCCUUUACGGCAUACUUCGACCACAUCGAGGAGCACGUCGUUUUUCAUCGAGAAUUUACUUGGCUCUUGUAGGACAGAACCGCCUGUCAGUCCCAUAAAUGACAACGAUGGCACGGCGAGUAAAAGAGAGAUGGUUCUUAAAGGCAACAUUGAAGCGCAUCGGACAGAAAUGUGCCAAACAACUAGUACAGGCUUCAGGACUGAGAUGUGCCGGAACACACGGUCACCUCUGGAGUGGUACGCGCGGGACACAUCACACUUAAAAGCUCAAGAGCUACCAGAGAGUCCAAGAGAGGAAACCCGCAGUUUCGAUGAACAUUGUCACUCCGUCUCCAGCGACAGGGAUACCCCCGUGGCCUCAGAACAUCUUGAUGGAGCAGUGGGCCGAAAAACAAACGAUGGUGAGGACGCACAGCAUCUCUUCGAGGGGCGUUCAGGCCCCGACACUACCGAGCCAGGUUCGGCCCGGAAGAAAAAGACCCGGACUGUGUUCAGCAGAAGUCAAGUCUUCCAGCUAGAAUCAACGUUCGACAUGAAGAGAUACCUGAGCAGCUCUGAGCGCGCGGGCCUUGCGGCCUCCCUGCACCUGACCGAGACGCAGGUGAAAAUCUGGUUCCAGAACCGCCGAAAUAAAUGGAAAAGACAAUUGGCCGCAGAUUUAGAGGCUGCGAACUAUAACCACAGCCCCCAACGGAUUGUACGAGUGCCCAUCUUGUACCACGAUAAAACGGCACUCAUGUCGUCACUAGGUUUUAACAUCUCCCAAGUCUCGCCGCCAAUCAUGGGCUUCUCGAAUUCCGUAAACUAUCCAUUGACAUCAUUUGCUCAUUCAAUGAAUUUAUUCACAUCUCAAAUGACAGGCAUUGUCUGACUUUGGGUGAUGGACACAUGCAUAGAGGUGCCCAAAUGAAGAUGUUCAGUAAUGAUUUUGAAUGGUGCAAUAACUGGAAACUGCAGUCUUUGUGUCUGCUGCAUCCAAAGAGAACACCUAUCAUGAUUAGCAUCAUGAGAGAAAGACACAAGUUUGUGUUUUAUUGUCACUGUUGUCUGUCUAUAAUAUUUAGUCUGUGCAUGGGGGCCCUCGCAUAUGUAAAUAUAAGGGCAACACUUGCUUUGUGCAAAUAUAUUUUUAUUCAGAAACGCCAGUUUAAAAUG